AUGGAGGUGGAGGCCCUCGAGGCCAUCUACAUGGACGACUUCACCAAGCUGUCGGACGAGCCGCUGACGUACCAGGUGCACGUGGUGCCCAACCAGGACGGCGAGAACAACUUCGUUGCGUUGCUGCUCAAGGCGGAGAUCCCGGAGACGUAUCCGGACGUGGAGCCUAAGAUUGAGGUUGUUGUGAAGAAAGGUCUGGCGGACAGCCAGGUGAAGGAGAUCAAGCAGUUGCUGGCGCAGCAGGUUGAGGAGAACAUGGGCAUGGCCAUGAUGUACACGCUGAGCGAGGCGGUGCGGGAAUAUUUAGUGGAGAACAACCGGGAGGGAAAUGACGGAUCGGAGCACCAGGAAAUGCUGCGUCGCAUGGAGCUUAAGAAGAAGAAGGAGGAGAAGGUGGAGGCGGACAAACUAGAGAAGGCCAACGCAGACGCAGAGGAGAAGCGACGCGAGUUCCACGGCACGCCCGUGACAGUCGAGACGUUCGCGGCUUGGAAGGAGAAGUUCGAGGCCGAGAUGCGUGGCCAACCGAAGACCUCUCUCAAGGACGAAACCACGGCAAAGCUCACAGGUCGUCAGCUCUGGAACAAGGGUCUGGUGACGGAGGACAGCGCCGAGGAGGCCGAAGCCGAAGCCGAGGGCGAGGACGCCGCCGAGCACGACGGCGAGGGCGACGAGCAGCAGGACGACGACGAGAAGUAG